AUGGGUAACGCUGGAAGUAAUCAGCCAGGUCAUCAUCAUGGCAGUGCUAUAACCAAAGACACACAUCGCCAGAGCAAAGACCAUCCGCCGUCUUCACCUGGAAGAGAUGGUCAAGCAUUUACAUUCGCUAAAAAACCAAAUAAAAAAUUGGUUUUCCAAACUUCUAAUGAAGAAGAAGAGCCUUACUUAUCAAAGUGGGAAGGUGGUGGCAAGGAAGUCUACAUCGGCGGUUCAUUUACACAAUGGAGGAAAAUCCCAAUGGUCAAUAGUCACGGAGACUUUGUUACAAUAAUUGACCUUCCGUUGGGAGAUCACGAGUAUAAAUUUUAUGUCGAUGGUGAAUGGAAGUGUGAUCCUACUAUACAAAAUGUUGAUAAUGAAGGGAAGAAAAAUAAUCUUGUUACUGUAAGAAAGUCGGACUUUGAAGUAUUCCAAGCACUUGCUAAAGAUAGUGAAGGAGGCUCUAGUAGCAUACAAUCAGAGUUUUGUCAAGAAGUUCCAGCACAAAAGCCGUGGGACAGAGUACCUGGGCCACCAGUUUUGCCGCCUCACUUAUUACAAGUUAUCCUAAAUAAAGAUACACCACUAUCGUGUGAACCAACACUUUUACCAGAACCAAACCAUGUAAUGCUAAACCAUCUUUAUGCUCUAAGUAUAAAAGAAAGCGUAAUGGUAUUGUCUGCAACUCAUCGUUACCGUAAAAAAUAUGUCACUACACUGCUGUACAAACCAAUUUAA